UGCUCACACGCGCUGCACCAAACUACACCCCAACGAAAAAGCUAUUGGACAAUAACUGCAGAUAUGAAGGACGAGACGGAAUUGAGCCUGCUGGGCAGGAUACGGCAGAAGAAAAACAAUAAGCCGCCCAAAGAAAAGAUAUCAGGACCGCCUAUAGAUACGGAUUACCAGCCAUUCGAUUGGAGGCGGAUGUAUUCAAAGAAAUACAUACCGCUCUGGAUAAUAUGCUGGGCGAUGCUCAUCGCGACAAUUUUACUUGCAGUGUAUCGCGACAGAGUCAUCGACUGGCUGCGGCCUUUCUCAGACAGAGUCCGCGACAUACCGGCAGGAUGGCUCAUCCCCGUCGCGAUCCUCUUCGUCCUCUCUUUCCCUCCUCUAAUCGGCGACGAAAUCGUCGAGAUCCUCUGCGGUGUGAUAUAUGGACUGUGGGCUGGUUUUGGUAUUGUUGCGCUAGGCACCUAUCUUGGACAGAUUGGAAACUGGUUCGCAUUCAAGUACCUCCUCCGACGAAAAGCUGCGAAGCUGGAGCGCACCGAUCUCAACUACGGUGCUAUGGCGCGCAUGGUUCGAGACAGUGGGUUCUGGCUCCUAUGCUUGAUCCGCGUCUCCGCCGUCCCCCCACACAUCAGCACGGCCGUCUUCUCGACCUGCGACGUCAAAUUCUGGCACUACCUAAUCUCAACGUUGUUCUCGCUCCCGAAGCAAAUCUUCCUAGUGUACCUAGGCACCCUGCUCGUGAGGUCAGACGACAAAGAAUCCCCCGAGCAAAAGCGCCAAAACACAAUCCAAACCGUCGUCGCAGUCGUCAUUUUCCUCAUCACCUUCGUCAUGGCGUGGUUCCUGUGGAGGAAAAUGAAGGCCAUCAAAGUUAUGCUGUUGGCGGAACAGGAGGAGAGAAAGAGGGCGAAAUUGGGCGGAGGGAGGGAUGAAGAGGAGGGUGCCGGUGGCGAGUGGAGUGCUGCUAUGGAUGAUGUUAGAAAUGAGGGCGCGCCUGUGGAGGUUCAUGGCCAGGGAGUGCCCCCGCCGUAUGAUCCUGUGCCUGUGGCGCCGGUUGGGGAGAAUGCCGCAUAUUAUGGGAAUGUGCAGCAUGGGGGUGGUGAUGGGGGUUAUGGGUAUGGAAAUAAUGGAUUUGAUGCGAAUGGGUAUGGGGGUCAUGGGUAUGAUUCGAACGGGUAUAACAGUCGGGUGCAUUAG